GACCCCAUCUCCAUCGCCGCCGAUUCGACCCCCGCCGUUUCAGCGAGUCCGUUUUGAUUGAAAGAGCGCAUUUGCAGCCAAACAUGGAUCCAGGCCGGCCAAGCGACGUGUCGCCCGAGGCGAUGCAGGCGCGCAUCCAGCAGGCACGUCGCGAGGCAGAGACGCUCAAGGACAGGAUUAAGAGGAAGAAGGAGGAGCUUGCCGACACGACGCUCCGCGCGGUCGCCGCCCAGGCCCAUGAACCGAUUCCCAAGAGCCCGCUUAUGAGGCCCAAGAGGACAUUGAAGGGACAUCUCGCCAAGAUUUACGCCAUGCACUGGUCGACCGACCGGAGGCAUCUCGUUUCGGCAUCACAGGACGGCAAGCUGAUCAUUUGGGAUGCAUACACAACAAACAAGGUCCACGCCAUCCCGCUACGGUCGUCGUGGGUCAUGACGUGCGCCUACGCCCCGAGCGGGAAUUAUGUCGCUUGCGGCGGUCUCGACAACAUCUGCUCCAUCUACAACCUCAACAGGGAACGCGAGGGCCCCACGCGGGUGGCCCGGGAGCUGUCUGGCCACGCCGGCUACCUGUCGUGCUGCCGCUUCAUCAACGACCGCAGCAUCAUUACCUCGUCAGGUGAUAUGACGUGCAUGAAGUGGGAUAUCGACACCGGAACCAAGGUUGUCGAGUUCGCCGACCACCUGGGCGACGUCAUGAGCAUCAGCCUCAACCCCACCAACCAGAACACAUUUAUCUCGGGCGCAUGCGAUGCUUUCGCCAAGCUGUGGGAUAUCCGCGCUGGUAAGGCCGUGCAGACGUUCGCCGGCCACGAGUCCGACAUCAAUGCCAUCCAAUUCUUCCCCGAUGGCCACUCGUUCGUAACGGGGUCCGACGAUGCCACCUGUCGCCUGUUCGACAUUCGCGCAGACCGGGAGCUGAAUUUUUACGGUUCGGAAUCUAUCCUUUGCGGCAUUACCUCGGUCGCCACCUCCGUGUCCGGGCGGCUGCUCUUCGCCGGUUAUGACGACUUUGAAUGCAAGGUAUGGGACGUUACUCGGGGCGAGAAGGUUGGCUCUCUUGUGGGCCAUGAGAACCGUGUCAGCUGUCUGGGUGUCUCGAACGACGGCAUAAGUCUGUGCACGGGUUCUUGGGACGCUCAGCUCAGGGUGUGGGCCUAUUAGAUGUCCUUCGGAUGCUGAUACCAUCUGGCCUACUGAAUUCCCGACCCUCUUGCGCCGCCCGAGACGACCUAUCGAGUGCCCACCACCUGUCAUCAAAAUGCGCCUUGUUGACAUGCCCCCCUAAUCCACGCUCUUGGCGUGCGCAGGAUGAAAUCACGACAGCAGCCUAUUCCCUUACCGC